CAUAGAGUACGCACCGCCGCGGUGCAGACAAGCCCGCCCUGUGUCCCGUCCGUCCGUCGCUCUCCCCUCGCUUCCGGCGGCGACGCCUCUUGUCGCGCCUGCGCGCUGCGUGUUCUCUCUCAGCACCGGCGCCGCGCAGGAAAAUGGCGAAGCGCACCAAGAAGGUUGGCAUUGUGGGUAAAUAUGGUACCCGUUAUGGUGCGUCCCUUAGGAAAAUGGUGAAGAAGAUUGAAAUUAGCCAGCACGCCAAAUAUACCUGCUCCUUCUGUGGCAAGACCAAAAUGAAGAGGAAGGCUGUGGGUAUCUGGCACUGUGGAUCCUGCAUGAAGACAGUUGCUGGUGGUGCCUGGACUUACAAUACCACCUCUGCAGUGACAGUCAAAUCUGCGAUAAGAAGACUGAAGGAAUUGAAGGACCAGUAGAAGCUACAUCCUGUUCUCCUUGUGAAACAUCUUUUUUUUUUUUUUUUUUGGUCCACUGUCAAGAUUUGUCCUUUUAACAAUAAAAAGGAGAUAAUGGAGUGGAAUCAUGUUUGUCUUUUGGCAAAUGUCCUGUGUGUCUUGCUGUACUGUAUUUAUAACUAUGAGGAUAUUGGUAGUGCUAUCCAGUAGUGGAGUGCCUCUUCUUACUGGUGAAGCCAUUAAAAACCAAUUUUCCUUUCCAGUUAAUUGCUUGCUUUGUUGCUUGAACGAGCUUAGGUGAAUCUGAGGACAGCUUAAGUAGGUUGAAAAAGCCUGGCACAUCUUGAGACACCCUUCCUGUCUGUGCCUUGAGGAAUAGUGUGGAGCUCCAUGAGUGGAGGAACACACAUAUGUAAGGGGAGAGAGGAGGAGAACAUGGAAAACACGACUCUGCCUCUUCCUGGUUGCCUUUGAGGAAAGCUCAGGGGAGUAGGGGGAUUGCUGCAAGAUGGGGAGGAGAAAAAAGC